GGAACAGUUGGAUGAGUGGUGACUACAUCUAAAGUAUAAGCAAGAGGCAAAAGCAACAUAAAUGACAAUGGAUUACUCAUGUUUUUUUAACAAAUUAACCAUGAAGCGAAGGCCAAGCCCUCUGCGUGAACUGCAUGACAGCUUGAAUAUUGAUGCCAGUUAUGUUUUGAUGGGCGGCGGUAUGCCAAACCCGGAGAUGUUUCCUUUGAAAUCUAUGGAGCUAACAUUACCAGAGGGGACGAAGGUGGAGAUUGGUCAGAGAGAUCUACAUAUUGGUCUGCAGUACCAAUCAACGAGAGGAUUAGCUGAGCUCAUAACGUUUAUAACAAGUUUGGUAAAACGUCUCCAUGAUCCUCCGACAUGGAACAUUUCCGGGUGUUCAGGCGCGCAUUGCAUUACAACGUCAUGUGGGGCACAAGACGGACUAUAUAAGACGCUGGAGUUGUUGCUUGAAGAUGGGGACAUAAUACUAUCUGAAGAAUUUACCUACCCGUCCAUGAUUGGAACGUCGAGGCCAUUCGGUGCUGAUGUACAGACUGUACGAACAGACAAACACGGAAUCGUGCCUGAAAGUCUGGAAGCACUUCUGUCCCAGUGGCCAAAACCGGAACCAGGCAAGCUGACUGCCGGGAAAGUGAAGGCCUUUUACUGUGUACCAAAUGGUGAUAAUCCGACCGGUAUACGGUACACAGUUGAGCGAAAGCGGGCAAUCUACAAGCUGGCAUGCCAGUACAACUUCCUCAUCAUCGAGGAUGACGCUUACUUCUUCCUCGAAGAAAGGCCACUCACUCAAAGUUUCCUUUCCCUCGACACUGAAGGUCGGGUGAUUCGUCUGGAUACGUUCUCCAAGACAAUGGCGCCCGGAUUUCGACUGGGUUUUGCGACGAUCCCUCGACCCCUCUACCAGAAGUUUAAUCUAUCCGCUCAGGUGUCCACUCAGGGAAGUUCCAGUCUGAGUCAGAGUAUUCUAAUGGCACUGUUACGUCGAUGGGGCGUUGACGGGUACCUUGAUCACUGUGAGCGCGUGUGUGAAUUUUACGCUAACAGACGCCAGACGUGCGAGAGACUGGCUCGGAAGUACCUGCAAGAUGAAGCAGAGUGGGAAUCCCCGAGCGGUGGCAUGUUCCUCUGGCUGAAGUUUAAGCGCCUGACCGACUCCUCCCCACUUAUUAUGGAGCGUCUUCUAAACCGGAAGUUGCUCAUCGUGGCAGGAUCUGAGUUUUCAAAGGAAAAUGGAGUGCAGUCGCCUUAUGCUCGUAUCGCAUUUUCAUUGGCAUCUGAUGAACAAAUGGAGAAAGGCUUUGCCAUCAUUGCUGAAGAACUCAAGAAAAUCCACGAUGAGAAGACUGACUAGUAUAUUGAAAUUUCUUCCUGGAACUUACUGUUAAAAAGUUUUAAAAUAUUUGACGUUUAGUUUUAGUUUGAACACUAUCCUGUUUUACUUGCAAACAUUGAUCAAAUAUAGUUUCACACAGCAGGUAUAUUUAAAAUCAAUGAAUAUUAAACUUGCAAGAUGUUACAGUAUUGAACGCCGGUACUGUCUUUCGUAUUCUAAAAUAUAUAUGAUUAUGUUCGUUUUUUAUUACAUUAUGUACCAAGUGCUUUACAUCUUUUGCAAACAUAUCUAUGUUAAUGUCAGUAUAUCGUUACAUGUUUUUGUACUCCGGUUUCCCCCACAACAUAAGACCACACUCUCGCGUAACAUCGUGCCAACGAGAGUUAUUAAUAUAAUAUAUAUAUCAUAUAUAUAUAAUGUUGUAAUAACUUGUUUCACAAUCGUUGUAAAAUAAGUUUAAAUUAAAU